AUGAAAUAUAUGGGUGUUUAUUCUACUACUACUACUACUACUACUACUACUACUACUACUACUACUACUACUACUACUACUACUACUACUACUACUACUACUACUACUACUACUACUACUACUACUACUACUACUACUACUACUACUACUACUACUACUACUACUACUACUACUACUACUACUACCCACACCUUAAAGUAG